AUGUGGUUCUUCUGGCUGGUACCAGCUUCUUCACCAAGGGCCCAUUCUGUGGAGGAGACGUGGCAGCCCCACAGAACCCUGAGUGGAGCCAGCACCCUCUCAGGCGGGCCGGGCAGAAAGGAGGAGCCAAGCCAGGCGGCAGCAGGCAGAACUGGAGGCUCAGCCACCGCAGACCUGGGUUCUUUGCAGAUCGAGCAGGAUGGCGUCAUGGUGAAAGGCAGCCAGCACUUCAAUCCAGACCCUGAUGUGGAGACCAUCUACAAAGCCAUGAAAGGGAUUGGGACCAAGAAGCAGGCCAUCAUCGAUGUGCUCAUGAAGAAAAGCAAUGCAGUGCGGCAACAAAUAGUCAAGUCCUUCAAGGCUCAAUUCAGCGAGAGGGUGCAGAUAGAUCAGGAGGACACAGAAGAGCACUCAGCAGACAGAAGGUCUUAUCCUCAGGGUUUAGGAACCAAAGAAGGCGUCGUCAUUGAAAUCCUGGCUUCUCGGACCAAGAACCAGCUUCAGGAGAUAAUGAAGGCCUAUGAGAAGGACUACAGGGCCAGCCUGGAGGAAGACUCAGACACCAGUGGCUACUUGGAGAAGAUCCUUGUGUGCCUGUUGCACGGCACCAGGGAUGAUGUGAGCAGCUUUGUGGACCUAGGACUGGCCCUCCAUGAUGCCCAGGAUCUGUACGCAGCAGGUGAGAAGAUACGAGGGACGGGUGAGAUGAAAUUCAUCACCAUCCUCUGCACGCGCAGUGCCAUGCACCUGAUGAGAGUGUUUGAGGAGUAUGAGAAAAUUGCCAACAAGAGCAUUGAGGACAGCAUCAAGAGUGAGACCCACAGGUCACUGGAGAAGGCCAUGCUCACAGUGGUGAAAUGCACCUGGAACCUCCACAGCUACUUUGCAGGGUGACUUUACUACUCCUUGAAGAUAACAGAAGCAGGGACACAUGAUGGGACCCUGAUAAGAAAUAUCAUUUCCAGGAGUGAGAUUGACUUUAAUCUUAUUAAGCGUCAGUUCAAGAAGAUAUAUGGCAAAACCCUGAGCAGCAUGGUCAUGUGGGUGUCACACUCUUGUACUUGCUGCCAUGUGAUAGACUCAGGAACCAACAACGAGGUCAGGGUGGCUAGGGCCUAUAGGGUAGGCACACAGAAACCAGACUGUGGAGGCGUGGAGACCCCUGUACAUCACGCCCAGAAGUUUGGCUUUGCAUUUGAAUUAUGA